AUGGGAUUUUUGAGUGGUGUGCUUAAGGAUGUCAGCGAGAAACAGCCUUACAGUGUGGGUAAAAAUGAUUUAAAACAUUUUGUUGAGACAGAAUUAAAAACUAAAUUAUCCACCGGGCGUGAGGGUUUUAAGGUCAUUGAGCAGGUGGCGAGGAAGGUGCGGGAGUAUAAUGAUAAAGUAAAAACAUCGAAUGAAAAAGUGAAAAACAUCAUAAAUGAAAUGAAAAACAGCGUCGGUGAGACGUUGACAAAAAAGAUGCAUGCUAUAAAUAAUGAUCAUCCUGUAGAAACUGACGUCACGGCAGCCGAAGCCUUGGCCAACGAGUAUGCUUCAAAAGGUACGGAUUUCAUAAACGGUUUCCGUGUUCGAAAGGAUUUCAAUAUUAAACAAGGUGCGAAGUACGAUGAUAUAGACGAAUUUAAGGACUUGAAUCCUGACGUACAACAGAAAAUUACUAAUGCUAUACAAAACAUUUCGUAUGAAGCUACACGGCUUGGUGCGUUGUCUGCGAAGGAAAUAAGUAACUUUGAUGAGAUGACAGCGAAGAUCAAAGAUACGUUUAGUUCGCUUAAAAGAUGCGUGAAUGAUCAGAUCGGCCUUAAAGUACAUGCCCUCGUUUCCGAAUUAGUGAAAAUAAUAAACAACAUUUGGAACUCGCUAAAUGAAAUUGCCGAUACGCUGCGGCAAUAUAUAACAGAGUUGGUGGAGUGGAUUAUUGAGGCAGACAAAAUCAUGACUGAAGCAAUCAAGGGGGCGAGGGAAAUUGAACAGAAGAAUCCGGGCUGGAGAGAGCAGCUAACAAUUGAGGGUAAAGCAAACGAAUUGAAAAACAAAGGUGAACAGCUUUAUCAGAAAUUCGAGAGUGCAAAGCAGAAAGUUGAGAACAAUGUAAAAGCAGCGCUUGGGAAGGUGAAAGAGAUGGACGGGAAGCUGAAGGAGGAUUUGUAUAAGGUUAAGCAAGCGGUGGAUGCGCAGGUGGCGGAGAUUAAAAAUAAGAUUGGACAGAUGUACAAGCAAAUUGACCCAAGUGUCAACCAGGUAACGGCGGAUAACAAGCAAAAGAUUGAUACACUAAUGAAGCACAUUAAAUCAAAAAUUGGAGUGAUUGCGGGAAGUGGCGUAAGAGUAACGAAAGGACUAGAUAUAAUAAAAAAAACAAUUAAAACAUACGUCAGAGCGUUUAGAGAAAGCUUGGGGGGAAAGGUUGAAGAAUGGUUAACAGAUAUUAUAAAGAAGGAACCAGUGAAAUGGUAUAUUUCAAAGUAUGCCUUAAAUAAUAAGAAUAUAAUUCAUCAGGAAUACCGGAAUGCUACUGAUGACGAUGAUGUGUAUUCACAACUUGCCACUAAAAUUGCAAGCGUUAUUAAGGGGCAGUUCGAAAGUGAAGUUAACGGCAACAUGAUCCGUAAAGCUGUUGAAGACGUAGCUUCGAAUCAAAAUGCAAACAUCGAAAACAAUUUGCAAGACAUUAAAACCAUUUGCACAAGUUUUGCAGACGCACUUGAUCGGAAACUUAAGAACAGCGCCUUGAAAGGUUCCCAGGUUCAAAAUCCUGAAAUUACAUCUUUCAUCAAAAGUAUAGCAAGCACAAUUGAGAAAGCGCUCAGGGAAUCGGACUAUGAUUCUUCAACGGCCAUCCCCGAUUUUUAUCUUAUAUCUGGUCUCCACUCCAUCCUCCCGUCGUUGGCUGCUUCCGCAAGGCAUCUAGCAAAGGAAGUUGAUAGCCUCGCCUUGCAGCCUAACGGAAACAGUAUUGGCAAACAAUUGGACGACGCAGCGUCCACGGCUAAUGAGCUAUACGGUAGGUUCGAGACGGUGCUUGGCUUACCACCUGAUCCCGACCGUGAAAAACCCAAUCACGCCAAAGCCGUCGACACCGCGAUCGAGGGUGUGACUGCAGAGCUUGCGAAAAAGCUGAAGCCAGGUGACGCUAAUGCGGUCAAGCUUGAUAAAGACGAUACGUUCCGGCAAUACAAUGGUUUCGUCGAGCAAGAUAAUUUGGCCGCCCUUACUAACCCUGACUUCAACAUCAUCAAAAGCGCAGGCUCCCUCCCCGCGGCGAUCGGUGUGAUCAGAGAAAAAAUGGUGAAAGACCUAGAUGAGGCAUGCAAGGAGACAAAAAACGCAACCGUAUUCGACACAUUAUCCAAAGAAAUCAAAAAUAGUCUAAAUGCGCUUGUCAAUGCGUUUGCAGAAGCUGGUGAAGAGGUUAAAAAAAAAUUGGUAACUUUUAAUAAUACGAAAAUCGGCAAAACUGCACACGGCGUUGAAGCCGCAAGCGACACUUUGCAGAAACUUCAGAAGAAUCUCCUCGAUUUGCUAACCGGUAAACUGGAACCUCUCAUUAAGUUGGCCAACAAAUGCAUCAGAAGUGACGCCGACGUGUUUAAAAAACGAUGCAUUGACAGCCUCACACAACAUGUCAACACUGAAUCUCAAGAAGCAGUAGACAAGCUCAUCACUCAAGCAAGAAAGCUGUGCAUAUCGUCAAUGAAGUCUUCCCUCGAACAAUUUUCGGGGAAGGUCACCGAGGAGCUGAAGCCCCUGCCCACCCUCAUCGACACCGACAGGCGGCACGGCUUUAAGGGUUUUAUGCGGACGUUGGAAGGGACGAUUGGAGAUGAUGGUGGGACGACGGACGAGAAUAUUGCGAGACUCAAGGGUCUCGUAGGUCAGCUGUCAGGGCAUGUGAAACAUAAGGACACGUUCCAAAAUCUGUCGCAGAAAUUCAAACAGUUCUGGCAUCCACUCCACGACUACCUCAAAGAAGAGACCAAAAGAGUUCACGCAGCGAAUAACGAGAAAACCAAUCCCGAGCCCACCGGCGAGGAACCACUCUACACCUCCAAACUCGACGCUGCUAAUACCGCGCUCAACAGCCUACUCGAUCACAUUAGUAAUCACCGCUACAACCACGAAGUGCCCUUCAUGCUAGAUCAGCUCUCCGCUGCAAUUGCCACCCUCGCUCCCGAAUCCUUUGCCAGGACCACGACCCCCCUGCUUGACGGUAUAAGUAAGGGGCUGGGUAAGUUUGCGGCUGAACUAGGGAAGGCGUACAUCUCUGCCUACGACAGUGAGACGUUUGGCGGCGAAAUGUUCGAGAAGCAGAAAUUAACGCCGUAUGGCGCCAAAUUCGCCAAAAUAUGCUUCACCGUGGUAUGCACCCUAAAGGCCACUUUGACCGACUUGACGCACAAUUGCAAGAGUCUACGUGGACAGCAAAUUAAUAAGUCCACCGACGUGGGAAGAUCGUUUGUCGCCCACGGCUACGCGGUCUCCGAUGCGACGCUGCAAAACGGCGAGUUGCAAAACAAACCGACAGUGGCGGGGGAGAACGUUGCCAAGCGGCUGCUGCUACCAAUUCGCGGCGCCAACGAGAACCAACACCUUAGAUGGUGUGAAUCGAACAAGCAGAGAAAAGCCGACCACUUCCACGUCUUCGACGCCAUUGACUGCAUAUUCAGUCACUUCGAGCAGUACAAUGAACUGUGCCACCUGCUCACGGCCUCAGCGAAGCAGCACCCGUGCUCCGUGUACGACAUAUUGAUCUGGCUCAGCGGUUUCCCGUACACUGCAGUAUAUGCUUCGAUGCGUGAUAUAACCAUCAGUGAUCUGUUUGACAACCCGCAUAAGAAGGCGGCCGGCGACGACGAACUUGAGCUCACAUCGACUGACAUGGCAGCCCAAUCCAUAACGGCGCACCCCCGAAACAUAUCGUAUACUUACGUACGUAAAGCUGUGGACCAUAUCUGUGCGACGUCGUAUGACGUGUUGACUGCCGUCGUCGGCACUGGCGACUCCAGGACCGUUUACGCCUCCGACUUCUGCAACAACUCAUUCAAUUUCCAUUACCCAUCCGAUCCGUCGGACUGCCUUGACAUGCUGCUGGACCUACUGCGCCGAUUGUUGCCCGUGUUCCGGUUCCUGGAACUGCAGUGUAACAUCAAGCCUGAACACCACGGCUGGUCACACUGCCGCUACGGGAGGGACAUCCCUACAACCAAAUCGCAGUGUAACGAGCACUCAAGCGAGGAACCAAACGGCCAAGCAAAGUGCCAAGUAAAUUGCCAAGCAACGUCCCCGCUUAUGUUAUACCUCAGUGACAGCCUCCCUGGCCAUCUGCCGCACCAACUGCAGUCAGUGGGAUGCAGGGCGAAAUGCAGCACCUGCUCCAAGAGCGCUCCAGGGCAACCGUGCCUGCUUCCUCUCGGAUUUAAGGGCUUCUCGGGAAGCUCCAAAACGGGCAGGCAGUUGCGUGACGUAAUCAAUACCUUCCUCAGUACAGGCUUAAUAUCCUCACUGAUGUGCCUUCUGCCCAAGCCACCAUCGACGCUGCCCGAGCACUUCCAGUUUGUAUUUACCUUGGUUGGUGCGUUUAAUGCUAGCAGAGAUGGCAACUCAAAUGCCGUCAAUGCUGCGUUUGUGAAGGCAAUCAAGAAGCAGUCCAUCGACUUGUAUGCGGAGCCAUCAGAACUCACAGGCGCGCUUAGUGACGCUUACAGAAGCAGCCAAAGUCAUGAGGGUAGAAAUCAUCCGAGACCUACGGAGGCCGACCUGUCAAGUCUGUCUAAAACAGAGUCCUGCAAAUACGCUAGUACUGACGAUGUUCACUGCGCUCCGUACCUGACCACGUUGCACAGCGAUGCAUACCAAUACGCGGCCGAAAAGCACGCCGGCCUCUACCUGUCAUGGGCAGUGUACUUACCGUGGUCGUUCUGGCAGUGUCUUGAAUCUUUGUUCAGGGCGUUUACCAAUAUAUCCUGCCAGGAUUGGGGAUGUCGUCGCUGUACGCACGGCACAGCUUGUAAACGGGGUAAGCAUGGCGCUGCCUAUAACUGCCAGUGCAAAGGCCUCGUUGAAUGCCGCGGUGUCAUAAGCACGUUAUAUAGUUUCGGGUUCACGUUCGGCAAUCCUGAAAAAUUGUUAGACGCUGAAGGUAGAAGGUAUUGCCACAAUUUCUACAAACAACUCAACAAUGUAUUAAAUUCCAACUACUUCAGAACGCUGUUCGAAAAAUGCGACGAAUUCAUAUUCACCAUUAGACAGCCGUUUAUAUGGCUUAACGUCGCACUCUGGUCACUAUCCCUCUUCUACCUCAUCUGCGUAAUGGUUGGCAGACUGGAUGUGCUCCACAUCAAAUCACACCUGAGAUCACCGUCAUCGCACAAGAUAACGGCGCAAUCACUGUUGGCUGCAGCGCAAGUCGGAAGGCUUGCCAAGAUAUCGUAUCUACAACCGUAA